GAACAAAUUAUGCAAAAGGAAAAAAAAAUGAAAAAGUACAGCGAAAAAAUGUGCCAGCUAGCAUUAAAUGACGGAGGAAACUCGUGAGGUGGCCAAGAUCUGGAUAAGUGCUGGAUCUACCGAGCUGGUUAGAACCACAAGCAAGCUACAGCUACAACAAACAAAAUGGAUUGGCUUCGGGUCUCCGAAGUCCUGCGUACCCUGGCAGUUCUUCAUCGCCAGCCUCCUGAUCGCCGCCUGCGUGGCUUUCGUCCAGAGCAGCGUGCUCCAUGGAGCCGGCAUCGCCUACGCCCCAGUGGCCGUUCCUGUGGUCCGCUCCGUGCCCGUGGUCCGCUCCGUGCCCAUCGUUCGCUCCGUGCCCGUGGUACGCUCCGUUCCUGUGGUCCGCUCCGUCCCCGUCGUCCGCUCCGUGCCGGUGGUGCGGUCCGUGCCCGUUGUGGAGUCCGUGCCGGUGGUGUCCUCGCUGGGUCUGGGACACGGCUCUGUCUACGAGUCUCCUCUGGCCUACGGCGGCUGGCUGAAGCAGAAGUAGGAUGCUGCCCCUAGAAGGAACCACAUUUUUUUUCUCUCUGUAUAAAAUAAA